AUGUUCCAGCUCAAGAAACUUCUUGUUCUAGCUCUCCCAGCCUUGGCUUUCGCCGAAGAGGCCUUCUCUCCUCUCAAGCGCCAGAUUGUAGAGAUCCCGUGCAGCGAGUCUGGCCGGAAAGACUGCGGCGACGGCUGCAUUCCCUUGACCUACACUUGCUGCCCAGACCAGCAGGGCGGUUGUCCCUUGACGUCCACGUGCUGGCUCGGUAAUAACGGCCAGUAUGCUUGCUGCCCGAUCGGUAAGCAAUGCGUCGGUCCGGGUGGUGUCAAUACGGAACCCGGCUCGACGGUGACGUCCACCCUCUUCUUCACGGAGUCGGUUCCGGACGAGGAGACUUCCACGUCCUUCUUCGCGUCGACCUCUACCGCGACCUUCACCCUCACUUCCGAAAUCGGGAGCACCUCAGCAGAGACUUCUCCUGUGCCUAAACCGACCACUUCUCUUCCGGCACCUCCGAUUGUUUCCAAUACGCCGACGACGACUGCUGCGCUGCCGACGAUCACCGCGAACAGUACCACAGCCCGCCCGCCUCCGGUUACGGUGAACGCAGCGAACACCCACGGUGGCUCGAUCCUUCAGGCGGUGGCCGCUGGUGCCGUAGCCUUGCUUGCUCUUUGAAACCUGUGUAUACCGAGAUGGAAAUGUGUUCGAUGUUCAGAUCAAUGGAAAUGGUGUUGUCGAGGUGUAAUAGUUGUCGGAAGGGAUGGGCGGGCGAAUGUGGGUAAAGGAAGAGAGAGAGGAUCGAUAAUAGCUUUUACAACCAAAACGUAAUGGAAAUGAAAAUUGUCAGGUUGGACCUCGUCUCCCCAACUUUCCAUACCACCAAGGGAUCCGCCACCAU